GCCGGCGCCGGGGUUCUCCUCCACUCUCCCUCGGCGCUGGGAACAUGGCGGUGGCCGCGGGGAGAGUCCUGCUGCGAGGAACCGUGCGGGGGCUGCUGCUCCCCCGACUCGCAGGGGGCACCCCCGGCCCGGAGCGCGACUUCAGCCUCUCUCACUAUCGGGGCACGGUCAUCGUGGAGCGCUGGUGGAAGGUGCCGCUGGCCGGAGAGGGCCGGAAGCCGCGCCUACACCGGCGACACCGGGUCUACAAGCUGGUAGAGGACACGAAACACGGGCCCAAAAGCAACCUGGAGCUCAUCCUCACGCAGUCGGUGGAAGGACUUGGAGUCCGGGGUGACCUGGUCUCAGUGAAGAAAUCUUUGGGCCGGAAUCAACUACUGCCUCAAGGUCUGGCUGUGUAUGCGUCCCCUCAAAAUAAGAAACUGUUUGAGGAGGAGAAACUGCUGAGACAAGAAGGAAAAUUAGAGAAGAUCCAGACCAGGGCAGGUGAGAUGACAGUGAAAUUUCUGAGAAGCUGUCACCUGGAGGUGGGGAUGAAGAACAACGUCAAAUGGGAACUAAACCCUGAAAUAGUUGCCCGCCAUUUCUUCAGAAAUCUUGGUGUUGUGGUUGCCCCACAUGCAUUAAAGUUACCAGAAGAGCCCAUUACGCGGUGGGGCGAGUACUGGUGCGAGGUGACGGUAAAUGGACUUGACACGGUGAGGGUACCUAUGUCUGUGGUGAACUUUGAGAGGCCCAAGACCAAAAGAUACAAGUACUGGUUAGCCCAGCAAGCCGCCAGGGGAAUGGCCCCCCCCAGCUCCCAGAGGAUCUGAACCUUCUCUCCCUCAGAAGCAGAAGAGCAGAGUCAGAGGAGCAGCGGAGCACGAAUGGGCCAGCACCCCGAUACCACUCCCAGCUCUGACCAAAUAAUGGAGUUUUAGAGAGCAUGUGGGGACGUGGGCCUGAGCUGCACAGCCACGUUGAAUCCUCCAUGUCUCGCACCUCCGACUUGGCUUGUUACCGUAUCUGGCCUUACUGGGCCGUCCUGCUCAAGGGGUGUCAGGCUGUAGAUUUGAUAAGCUGCGUAUUAACAGAUGUAAACCGUCCAGAUCGUAUUGAGCCUGGAAUUUGCUGGAACAAAGGGAAGAGCUAGCCACUGUCUCCAGUACUGGUCUCGUUCUCAUACAAACUGAACAUUUAUAUCUCAAGAGGAAAUAAAGAGGUGGUGCUGUUCUUAUUUUUUGUUUUUUAUGACAGUGAUACGGUGUGCACUACAGUUACUUUUAGGCAGUUAUGAUUUAAUACGCACCUUUAUGUUUACAUUUCUCUCAACUACAAAUGGUGCUGUGUAUGGUCUUUAAGAGUUUGUGUGCACGUUUUGAUAAAUUUUAAUUUCUUUUUAAUUUUCACAAUUUUCUGAUUGUAGCAUACAUGAGACACCAUGUUAUGUUAGUCUCAGCUGUAGGGCAUAGUGAUUGGAUAAUUCUGUACGUUCUCCUGGGCUUACCCAAGUAUGGCUGCCAUGUGCCACCAUGCAGUGCUGUUGGUACAGUAUCACUGACUAUAGAGCUUGUGUUCUUUUUAGAUGUUGUUUACCAGGCUUGAGUAGACUGGGGAUAGGACCUCCAAGUAGGUUGUUCUUUUGAGCUGCUGGGGUUUGGUGCUAAAAAGGAAGAAGAAGAAGAGCAUUUGUAGGCUACAACCCAUGGGUGCUGUGGGCAUAGUACUUAACAAGCUGAUAUGUCUUCGGUCUUAAGAGUUAUUUUUGUUAGGUAUAUUGAUAAAGUCAUGAGUAUGAAUAAGCAUAAUGGAUGCUACUUUUCUAAAGGGAUCCAAAUAAGGCCUAAGGGUAUAAUUGUUGGGAGAAAAUGAAGCUGAGAUUAAAGAAAUUUAAGGAGAA